AACGUCAGUUUAUGUGAAUAUUGUUUUUUUUUUCGUGUUAUUAAUUCCAAAAGUUAUUAAAAUUACUAUAUAUUAACCCUAACCGUACAUAAGAUUAACGUAUUUUUAUUACCAGUGCUUAUUUACCUUAUUUAGAUCAUAAUAUUUAGAGCCACUUCCGUCAUUGCACAACAAAGAAACGAUAUCUACAUUUCUAUUCCUGAAAAUCUGUUAGUUUUUUUGCUUUCUAAGCAGCAUGACUAUGGAUUACGUUACUGCCCUCAAAAUUCUUGUAAUUGGAGAAAGUGGUGUUGGAAAAUCUAGUAUAAUUCUGGCAUUUACAACUGGUGACUACAAUGCCUCAUUCCCAGCGACUAUAGGAGUUGAUUACAAAUGUAAGGUGAUGGAUGUCAAUGGUUUAAAGGUCAAACUUGGUAUUUGGGACACGGCUGGGCAGGAGCGUUAUAGAACAUUAACAAACAGUUUUUACAGAGACGCACAUGGAGCUAUUUUAGUAUAUGAUGUAUCAGAACCAAAAACACUGCAAAAGUUGAAUGAAUGGGUCGAAGAGUUGCAAGUGUAUUCCACGAAGAAAAAUAUCGUUUGUUUAGUUGUUGGCAAUAAAAUUGACAAGCCACGCGCAGUAUCCAGAGAAGCUGGUCAGGCGUUCGCGCAAAAACAUAGGAUGCUCUUUAUAGAGAGCAGUGCGAAAACUCAAGAGGGAAUCAAUUUGGCCUUUGAGGAGUUAGUACAAAAGAUCAUAGAAACGCCGGGCCUCUGGGAGUCCACCGGCUCAUCAUCUAAUAUCCGCAUAUCAAAUGAUGAAAGAAGACAGCAAGAGGAAUCUUCGUGUUAUGACUAUUCCUGUUCUAUUUAGUAUAUAACGCUGUACAUAUUUCACAGGUUGGCUGCAUGGAAGAAUUUUAUUUCUUAUUUACAAAUUAAGUACAUGAUAGAAAUACGAUGAAUUUUCAAAUAAAAUGUGUUAUAAAUAUAACAUGACCAAAUACCUCGUUUCCACGUGAUCCUUCUGGGUUCUUCUACUCCUCGGCACGAGGAAUCGCAUGUCCUUAUACUUAUAUAAUGUUUAUAUUCAAUAAGCACACUAAGGUACAGAUUAAAAAGUAUACAUUUUUACAAACAAAAUAAAAAAAAACGACCCUCAAAUUUACUACAGGUCUAAAGUCAUUCGUGAUUUUGCAACGUUGAAGCGAUAUUGGGUAUUCAUUAUUUAAGUAUUCAGGGCUAGGCAUGCUCUUUUAGCAUCGUUUUGUCUCCAUGCCUUCCUUCAUAACAGAUACGAUACAGACCACAGGUGACGUCAAAAGUCACCCUCUCGAACUUUCGACACGGCUAAGAAACGUAACCCUUUUUAAUAUAGGACCAACCGACUUCGUUUAGUUUAACUGACAAUAAUAGAAGGACAGUACCAAGACACAAGUACCAAGUACCAAGGACCGUACCAAGACAAGACAGUCUACAAGCCGGAGAUUUAACUUUUGUUAAAUUUAAGUUAAGAAGAAGUUAAGUUAAGAAGUUAAAUUUCUACAUUUUCCUUCCAAGCCUGUCCAUGAUAAUAAGACCUCCCAAACCUUUAGGAAAAUCAACUAAUAGUUCAUUAAUACUGGCACUGUCAUAGUCAGAAUAAAAUUUAGUGAAAUAAUGAUUUUGUAAAAUAGUGACAUAACUCUCAUCUUCUCGAAAUGAAUGCAAAUGUUAAGGUAUAGCAUUCGUUUCCUGCAAGGAUCCACAAAGAUCUUUCUGAAUGAUAAAUAAUUGACGGAAAGGGCUCCAGGGUCGAAUUUAGAGGUCUCUAGGCUCUGACGUAACAAAGAAGUUCGGUGAAUUAUUUUCUAAACAAAUUGAACAAUAAUUUUCAAUCGUGUGUUUGGAUAAUUUAUUGGAGAAUAAAUUAAAGUCUCUUAAAUCAUUGUAAAUAAAAUCUAUUAAUGGUAAGAUACAGCAAUUAUACUUGCAUUUUACUACAUCUAUAUUUACACUGCAUACAAUAUAGUUGGCCGUCGGAAUUUGGAUGUUAUUUAUUUUAGAAAUCUAUUGUGGUGACCCAUCUCUUAUGAAAGCCUCGGGGUUACAGUCCCGGAUGGGCAACCGGAAGGGAUCCUCUAAAUCGGUUCCAUUCAGUGUUUUGAAUUAUAAAAGACAUUUUUUUUUGUUAUAAACAAAUGCAAAGCAGUUGCAAACUUCAAUAGUUAUCAUCAUCAUUACCCAGUUACAAUCCCCUAUAGGACAUAGGCCUCUUCCAAAGUGCGCUAAAGUUCCCGGUUUUCCGCAUUCCGUAUCCAGUCGGGUCCAGCCACCUUCUUAAGGUCAUAUAGUAGGAACAUGAAAAUAUAAUUAUCUCUGUGGUGUUCAAAAUGACAUUUAAUUUCUCGUGCUCCUAUGGAGUAGAGAACCCAUUAUGGGCUUGUGGAAACGCCCACCAGAUAAUAUCAUCUAUGAUGUACAUCCUUAUAAUUAAACAUUUAAAUAAGUACAUUUAUCAUAUCAUUAAUUUAUUUUGAAGAUUACAACAAUAAAAAGCCAACCUUUAUGUGCAAUGUGAUAUUUUAUAAAGUCUGCUUUUGUACAUAUAUAUUUUUUAAAAAUGUGCACAGAUAUACAUAGUAUGGAAUCGGGUGUCUGUCAAAGAAGCGAUUUAUGAAUUUUAGGCAUUAUAUUCAUCUAAGUUGACACUGAUAAACUAUUUAAAAAUUAUAACUUUUAUUUAUUUGUUACAACUAAAUUGAUAUUCUUCAUGUAAAAUUAUAAAUUUAAACAUUCUAAUUUAAUUCUUCUAAAUAUUAAUUCAAAUUAUUAUCAUAAUCAGACAUUUAUCUAUCACAAAAUAUCAUUUAAAAAUAAAGAUUUUACUAAUAACUGGGAAAGCUUAAUUAUGGUUCGUCUAUCCAGUCUCGAAUCGAGAAAAUGAUCCAUCAAAAAGUCCUGAAAUGGCAAUUAUUCUCGCCCAGUAUCAAGCUAGAUGGCCUAGCCUAUAUUGACGAGUCAUCAGAAUUCUGACAGUCGAUAACGAUGAGGGGUUUUCGAUUCUAGACAGACGAAAUUAGGUUCGAUAUCUUUGAACUUAUGAGUUCAUAAAGUCGAUCCAAACUGCAUUAGGACACAAUUUAUAUAAGUCGCAACGAAUUUUUAUCUUAUGCUUAAAACGUUAAAGUUCAAAAUCGUAUCGUUGAUUAUUAAUUACAGGUAGUCCAUGCUAGAUCUUUGAAUUAAAAUAAAUUAGCUGUCACUCACAAAAUUAGUCUGAUAAUGAAAUACAAAAAUAAGCCUUUUCUAUGAGUAGAAAAUAUAAGUAAAUUCUGGUAAAUAUUUUUUAAAUGUGUAUAAAAAAUCUAAAUCAUCCCUAAUAGAAUGUUUUAUUAUUUAAUAAGGCGCUAGUGAGCUAUUGUUGUUGUGUUAAUCAUUUUUAUAAUCUAUGAAUUUAUUGUCUGUGGAAUAUUCAUUGUGGGUUUUAAUAGGACCAAAGUGCAAAAUAAAGUGCUGAUUA